AUGCAGUGUGAGCCGAGCCGAGCGCGUACAGGGGUGUCUCCGUGCAGUAGGUGUGAACCGAGCCAGGCGCGUACAGGGGUGUCUCCGUGCAGUAGGUGUGAGCCGAGCCGGGCGCGUACAGGGGUGUCUCUGUGCAGUAGGUGUGAGCCAAGGCAGGCGCGUACAGGGGUGUCUCUGUGCAGUAGGUGUGAGCCGAGCCAGGCGCGUACAGGGGUGUCUCCGUGCAGUAGGUGUGAGCCGAGCCAGGCGUGUACAGGGGUGUCUCCGUGCAGUAGGUGUGAGCCAAGGCGGGCGCGUACAGGGGUGUCUCCGUGCAGUAGGUGUGAACCGAGCCAGGCGUGUACAGGGGUGUCUCUGUGCAGUAGGUGUGAGCCGAGCCAGGCGUGUACAGGGGUGUCUCCGUGCAGUAGGUGUGAGCCAAGGCGGGCGCGUACAGGGGUGUCUCCGUGCAGUAGGUGUGAGCCGAGCCAGGCGCGUACAGGGGUGUCUCCGUGCAGUAGGUGUGAGCCGAGCCAGGCACGUACAGGGGUGUCUCCGUGCAGUAGGUGUGAACCGAGCCAGGAGCGUACAGGGGUGUCUCCGUGCAGUAGGCGUGAGCCGAGGCAGGCGCGUACAGGGGUGUCUCUGUGCAGUAGGUGUGAGCCGAGCCAGGCGUGUACAGGGGUGUCUCCGUGCAGUAGGUGUGAACCGAGCCAGGCGCGUACAGGGGUGUCUCUGUGCAGUAGGUGUGAACCGAGCCAGGCGCGUACAGGGGUGUCUCUGUGCAGUAGGUGUGAGCCGAGGCAGGCGCGUACAGGGGUGUCUCCGUGCAGUAGGUGUGAACCGAGCCAGGCGCGUACAGGGGUGUCUCCGUGCAGUAGGUGUGAACCGAGCCAGGCGUGUACAGGGGUGUCUCUGUGCAGUAGGUGUGAGCCAAGGCAGGCGUGUACAGGGGUGUCUCCGUGCAGUAGGUGUGAGCCGAGGCAGGCGCGUACAGGGGUGUCUCCGUGCAGUAGGUGUGAACCGAGCCAGGCGCGUACAGGGGUGUCUCCGUGCAGUAGGUGUGAGCCCAGGCAGGCGCGUACAGGGGUGUCUCCGUGCAGUAGGUGUGAGCCGAGGCAGGCGUGUACAGGGGUGUCUCUGUGCAGUAGGUGUACACAGGUCCAUGUAUAGAUGGGGUAUGAGAUUCUGCUGCCGUCCAGAGCAGACAGCAGAUGGCAGCCUUACCCCGUUGUCAGCCCACUGAUGGCAGGAGCAGCAGGGCCUUGGGUUGCUUGUAUUUAUCUUCCCGCGCGGGGCCAGAUCUUUGCUCAGUGGGCACAAAUGACCCCAUUUCCUCAUGUCUCCUGGGGAGUGAGCAAUCACCUCCUGCCCUGUCCCACUUCGGGCUUUCCCAGGCUGCGCUGCCCCCACCCCUAGAACAAGCUGUGCCCCGGGACCCAGCUCCGACCUGCUGCCCCCGGCACCCGAAGGAACUGAUCGGAUGCCUGGCUGGCAGCACUCGUCUCCUCUGGGGAGGGAGGGUAGCCCAGUGGUUAGGGCACAAGCCUGGGCAUUGGGAAAUCCAGCUUCACUGUCCUACUCCACCCCAGAUUGCCUGCGUAACCUUGGGCAUGCCACAGAGCCUCUCGGGGCCUCAGCUCCCAUCUGUACAGUGGGGAUAAAGCCCUGCCCUGCCCGGCUGGGGUGAUGGGAGGAGAAAUACCUGGAUGCUUGUGGAGUGCGUGGAGACCAUGGUAACAGGGGCUACAGAAGUACCUUAGAUAGACUGACCCCAGGACUCCUGGGUUCUGGCCACUGACACUGCGUGUGUGACCUGGGGGGCACGUCCCAGCUGCGCUGGGGGACUCCCUUCGUUAAGGGCCGGAUGGCACUCCGCUGCCGUGGGGUGCACUCAGUGCGGCGUGUUCUGCCCUCCCCCAGCACAGAGCCGGCCCUGGAACGCCCCUAGCUGCGCUCAGUUCUCCGCUGGGCCCCAUCGCUCCCAUACGGGUGUCCUCAGCCAGCCCUAAAGACGCUGCUAAUGUGCUAUGUCGAUAAACUCUGUUCCCUGAGGAUCUGAAACCCCUUGGUGCCCAUCCCCCCAGGGGCCUGGCGAGUCUCCCCUCCACCACCCAGAGCUGGGAGCUCAGCGACUCUCUCAACAUUGCAGGCAGAGUGGGGUUAAACGGAGCCCAGCCUGGAUGCACUAACCUCUGUGCCCCCCACACUCCCUCUAAAGAGCUUUGGGGUGAGCGUUCCAAACAUCACCUCCACAGGCUACUCUGCUCUCCCGCUCAGUAUCUGCUCGGCCUCCCUCAGCCUGCCCCCCCUUCCCCUUGCCUGGCAAAUUUUCCUUCUCAGCCAAGCACAGUGAGCCUGGUAAAAGUUGGAGGAGCCGUGACCCUGCAGAGGUCUAGGGACAGCUGGAGGCCAGGAGAGGGCGAUGCUGCUUCUCCCUUUGGCCACAGAGCCUGCCAAGUCCUAGGAAUCCCCGGCAGAGAAACCGGGGACCCCUGUGGAAGCACAAGGGCUAGGAGCACAGGGACCGCUAGAGCGGAACAGAGAAAUGGCCCAUCUCAUCCGGUAGCCUGGCUUGAGAGUGGUCCCUGCGGGGGGCUUCCAAGGAAGGCAUGAGCCGCCCACGAUGCACCUAAUUGAGCAGUCAUGGGUGGAAACUUCUUCCUGAACACAGCUGGGGACCAUUCACACGGCAGGACAAGCUGAUGGUUUUUAUUCCACUCAGUGUAACUGCAGGCACAGCUCUUAUUCCGCACCUGCUUUGAGCCCUAGGUAAGGGAUUGAAUUUGGCCUUACGCGUCUCUCCAUUUCUGGAAGCUUACACACCUCUUUGCCCCAAGAAUAUCCAGUCGCGGGAAGCUCCGCUCAUUAGUGGCACAAUUGCACCUGCAAAAGGGACCCUAAAAGACACAUUUCAAACACUAAAUGGAAAUACAUUAAAACUAACUGUCCUGGAAACGGGCAGCCGAACUCAUCCUGCUCUUGUAUGUGGAGCUGGUGGACGGAGGGGAGGACAAAGAAAUGACAAUAGAGAAUUCACAGGUCUAACUAAGGGUUAUGAGGCUAACCCCAGCUCUGGCAGCAAUGCUGAUGGCAGAGCAGGCAGGCCCGAGAACAGAGUGUCUUAACCUCUAUGGGCUCAGGACCCCUUUGUAAACCUUGAUGGCCUGUCACGAUCCCCCUCAGAUGCCACCAGACCCAGUGCUCCCACCCAGCAGGGGUCCACUGAAGGGGGAGCUUAGAGCUAAGAUUCCAGAUGCUCCAGAUCAGAUGUGUAACCCCCAAUGUCAACUGGGGGAGGGGUGGUGAGCCAAGACACCCCCCAAAACACAAACCCCACUCACUGCCAAGGAAGGACAGAGGAUAAGGGGGGAUUUGAAGGCCUGGAGAUGAAGUGGGGAGAUCAGGGGGUCUGGAGGUAUAGUGAGAAUGGAGCUGGGAGUCUGGGAGCUG